AUGGCCGCGACUGAGGACCACGGACGCGACACAUCAACAGCUGCCACGAGCAAGCUCCACCUGUUCGACACUCCGCUGGUAGAGCAUCACGAAUUUGACGAGGGCAGUGAGACGAACGGGCUUUCGCCUGACCGCACUGACAGCCUCCAGGAUACGCCGCAGCUCAAGCGACACGAAGAACCUACUCUUCUUGAGAUCUUCCUUGACCUCUUCUUUGCUGCGAAUUACGAAGUCUUUGGUGAAAAUCAUCACGUCACCAACCAUGCACGCUUCCAAGCAUACGUGGGUUAUUUUUGUCUUCUAUGGCUGACAUGGUUCAUCGUCGCUCUCUACGACGUUCGCUUUGUGACGGAUAGCAUAUUCGCACGGGCUAUGAGAGCUGUUCAGCUGGGUGUUCUCGUGGGCUUUACAGUUAUUACUCCCAAGUUCGACACCACUGAUCAGGAGGCACAAACGAUGAGAACGACAUCUAUUAUUCUUUCAGUAUCCCGCUUCUCCCUAUCAGCCGAGUAUUUUUGUACGUUAUGGAGCCUACGAAGGUUCAAAACUGUCCGCACGCCACUCCUCAUUCAGGGUUCACUUCACGUCGUUUCAGCGGCAAUUCUCCUUGGAAUUGCUUUCAUCUUCCAGGAAGAUGAGCACAGCUACGCUUUCAUGGCUUGGUAUUUUGUCGCUGGAUUUGAGGCGCUGGCUAGUUUGCUACUGUCUAAUGUCUCGCCGACAUUCGGCCUCACUGAAACACAUCUCAUGAAGCGCCUCACUCUGAUGACGGUAAUGAUUCUAGGUGCCAGCAUCUGCGAAGUCGCGAAGAGCGUGGUUACAAUUGUUAAGAAUCCAGAUGCAUGGGACUCCAGGACAAUCGGUCUCGUUACGGCAGCCAUUGCAACAAUCUAUUUUAUAUUCCUCGUUUAUUUCGAUUGGAUCAGGUCCGGCUACCAUCUCCAGCCCCUGCGCUUACAGAUUUGGACCGCCCUGCACUUCCCGUUCAACCUUGCUCUCGUUCUACUAUUGCAGGCUGUCCAACAAUAUGUGAUUUGGGGCAAACUCGUGGGACAGUUUAAUAAAGCACUUGAUAUUGCUUAUCCCCUUGAUGACCCAUCCAUCAUCAACAACUCAACAACCAGCGCCUCCGUUGCAGCCGCGCUCAACCAUUCCGUUGCCGAUUUCCUUGGAAACUACCCCGCAAGUAUUGAGGGAACCUGGGACACCAUCAAUGAAGCCAUUCGCAACGUCUCCGAGGUCCCAGACAGCUUUUGGCCAGAGUUUAGGCGCUUGGAUGCCCUGGGGUCUUCUCUCACGGACCUCCAAAAGUCACUGGAUGGCCUUACAGGUGACGCAAAAGCGGCGUUGACGACGAUCAUGACUUCGGCAACUACGCUCGCCGUGACAAUGGCAAAUGCUCUCUUCGGCAGUUUCGGAGUCAAGGUCGACAGCGAAAUCAUAAAGAAAAACCCCAACGCCCCAAAGGCUGUUAAGGGAGGGGGCUUUCAAUUUCAAGUGCAAGAGGCGGCCUGGAACUUAUACCGACUUGCGUUUGCCUACGGUUACAUUUCAUGUGGAUGUGCUAUUAUCUUGAUGGUCCUUCUCACAUUAGUAGCCCGUAAGCGGCGUUAUACGGCGUGGCAAAUCGCCCGUCUCAUUAUCAUUAGCGCUCUUGGGCUUGGAGUCGGUCUUACAGCAACACUCUGGUUCAACGACGAUAGAUUUGAGGACUUCCUAGCACGCUCGUGGGUGCUGCCAACGAUCACAAUCGUGUGGGCGGUCAUUCUCAUAAUUACCCACAUCAACGGCCAAGGCACUCAGCGAUGCGCCAGUUAUUUUGAGAAGAGGUUCCAGCACUCUCAAGUAUUCAUGGCACGUGAAAAAUUCUCGAGGGAACGCAAUGUGGAGAAA